GCCAUCUCAAUAUUGGUUUAUGUUUAUUUUCCUCUGACCGAAUCUGUGAAGAUAUCCUUGACCUUUACUCCAUCUGAAUAUGAACCAGCUCAUCCGAAGUUGUAUCAACAGGUUAAAAGAGAUGGAGAUCUCCACAAGGAUUCAAAGAAGAGUCCCAGUGGUUAUUAAAAUUCUGCAUUAGAUCUUUUAGAAAAGAUAGAUGGACUAUAAGGCAAUUGCCGAGCAAACUGCCCAAGAAGUUUUAGGUUACAGUCAAGAUACAUCAGGCUGGAAAGUGGUUAAAAUUUCAAAAAAGAUAACUGUUUCCGGCAAGGCUUCUGAAAAAUUCAAUGGAAAAAUAUAUCGUGUUGAAGUGAUAAUUCCAGAAUCAGCAUGCAAAGUAUCUGAUUUCCUUUUCCGACCUGAUAACAGACUUACGUGGGAUAAAUCAUUGAAAGCAUACAAAACAGUACAGAGGAUUGAUUCGGACACAGUCAUAUGUCAUACCAUUACACAAAGUUUUGCCAUGGGCUCAAUUUCCCCCCGAGAUUUUGUCGACUUAGUAUACUUCAAGUGCUACGGAGGGAAUGUUAACAUUAUCAGUUCUGUUAGUGUGGAUUUUCCACUGUAUCCUCCAUCUUCAAAUUACAUCCGUGGUUAUAACCAUCCUUGUGGCUAUGUAUGUUCACCUCUUCAAGGGAACCCAGCAUAUUCCAAACUAGUGAUGUUUGUCCAGACAGAAAUGAGAGGAAAAUUGUCCCCAUCAGUAACUGAAGCAACCAUGCCUUCUAACUUAGCAAGCCUCAUCAUAAACGCAAAAGAAGGAAUAAAGGCCCUGAAGACAUCUGGACAUGAAUGCAGUCAUAGGGGUCAUCCGUCAUUCACAAAGAAGAAAUGAGGCUGUUUUCCUCUAAGGUCAUGUGUAGCAGUUACUGCAGUUUACCGUGAAAGCAUAAAUACUGUUAAACUACUCUAGACAGUAUUCUUGUACAUAUUACUGCAGGUACCUGGUGAAAAUAAGAACUCAUAGUUAUA